CCUGCAGAAGUUCUGCCUCCUUACAUUCUCUCACAUUCCAAUGACUCCAUGAGACACAAAUAACCUCCAGCGAAGACCGUUUUUUGUUCAUUGAACCGUUUUGUAUUGAUCCGGACUGGGAAGAGUUUGGGAUUGCACAUUUCGUGUCGUUUUCACCCCUAUUUCUUUUCCUUUUUUGCACUGGCCAUCCAAGUACAAUAGCAUUGCGUUAUUUUUUAACAUCCCUAUAUUCGGGAUUAUAUUUUUAGGCGUUAUAUUUUGACGUAUUUAUUUUUUUAUAGCCUUUUAAAAAGUUUUCCGUUGUUUUUGCACAUCGUUUCAUUUUUCCCGACCAAAGUCGCGGCUUCUUUCGUUUUUUAGUAGCAAACAUAAUAUAGUAAAAGUAUCUAAAAUGACAGGUGUGACUUCUUUGGACGCAGUGAAGAGAAAGAUCCAGACUUUGCAGCAGCAGGCGGAUGACGCAGAAGAUCGAGCUUUGGUUCUACAGCGCGAGCUGGACAAUGAGCGCGAGCUCCGGGAGAAAGCUGAGGGUGAUGUGGCGGGUCUGAACCGCAGGAUUCAGCUGGUGGAGGAGGAACUGGAUCGGGCUCAGGAGAGGCUGGCAACUGCACUGCAGAAACUGGAAGAGGCGGAGAAAGCAGCAGACGAGAGCGAGAGAGGCAUGAAGGUAAUCGAGAACCGUGCCAUGAAGGAUGAAGAGAAGAUGGAGAUCCAGGAGAUGCAGCUGAAGGAGGCCAAACACAUCGCAGAGGAGGCCGACCGCAAAUACGAAGAGGUGGCCCGUAAACUGGUGAUUCUCGAGGGCGAGCUGGAGCGAGCUGAGGAGAGAGCUGAAGUCGCUGAAUGCAAAGCUAGUGAUUUAGAGGAGGAAUUGAAAAACGUUACCAACAACCUGAAAUCCCUAGAGGCUCAGUCAGAGAAAUACUCAGAAAAAGAAGACAAGUAUGAAGAGGAAAUUAAAGUUCUUAGUGACAAGCUGAAGGAGGCCGAGACCCGCGCAGAGUUUGCUGAGAGGACAGUGGCCAAACUGGAAAAAUCCAUCGAUGACCUGGAAGAAAAAUUAUCUUCAGCAAAAGAAGAAAACCUCGGAAUGCAUCAAGUGCUGGAUCAGACACUUCAGGAGCUGAACAGCUUAUAAGAGAGACGAUGAGAGAGAACGACUUCCAUCGGAGCUACAACAUUCCACAAAUACUCUCCUUCAUUCCAACUCGCAAGCUAUUGAGCCCUGUUUUCUCACAGAAUGGGCUAAUAAUUUAAUUUUUGAUCUGAGGUAUUUCUUUUGCGCUUUUAUCCAAGUUGGCUCGAUAUCGCUACUUCCAAAAAAUAGCCAAACAACCUGAGGUGCUAUAUUAGAGUUUUUCCACUAAAACAACGUUAUAAAUAGUUUAAUAAAUGCCAUACCACAUGGAAAGUGAUUAAAUGUUAAUGUGCUGAGCAGAAAUUCACUUGAAGUUGCGCUAUUAAAGUAUUCCGGUCAAAUGAAGACAUUAAUGAUGGUGCUUUAUUCAUUUCAGCUUUUCAUAUGUACAUCAUGCGCUCCAUCCACUGGCCACAUGAUGCACUGCAGUACAUUACUCCACUGAUAAUGCAUUGAAAUACGUGCACCACAGUACCAUGGUAUAUAUCAAAGAGAAAUUUUGUGGAACCACCACAAAAAGGGGACCAAAAAAGACCAAAGAAAUAUUAGCUCUAACUUAGUAAUUUCUGUGAAUGCGUUUUGUUGCUUGUCCCCCUGUCAAAUUAGUUAAAUUCAAAAUGCCGCAAACGUUUCUUUUCCACUUUUCUGUGUAAUAAAUUUUUAUAAAAAGUC